UUUUGGGUGGUCAUACAGUCAGAAGUGACGUUCUGCUUCAUCUGUGUCUGUAGUUCAGAAGGAAAGACUCAUGGCACGGAUUGCAGCCUCCGUGAUGUAAAAAGUGAAAGUUUUAACAGUGCAAACGUGUUCUAUUGAUGCCUAAGACAACAACACUUUCGUCCUUUUAUAGACACAGCCACAUGCAGCUGGCACUGUGAGGUGGUUAGUUAGCAUCACUGAGAAAAGCCCAAACAUGGAACUUUUUUGCUUGGAAAAGGACGCAAUCGUGCGAGCUCAGAGAGAUCCCAACAUCUUUUGCGAUGAAAGAGUAUUGCAAAGUCUUUUAACAGUGGAGGACAGAUAUGUUCCCCAGGGACCCUAUUUUAAAUGUGUCCAGAAGGAUAUUCAGCCUUUUAUGAGGCGGAUGGUCGCGACGUGGAUGUUAGAGGUUUGUGAAGAGGAGAAAUGUGAAGAGGAUGUCUUUCCCUUGGCUAUGAACUACCUGGACAGAUUUUUAGCUGCGGUUCCUACAAGAAAAUGUUAUCUGCAGCUUUUAGGGUCCGUGUGUCUCUUCCUGGCUUCAAAAUUAAAAGCAUGCCAACCACUGUCGGCCAGGAAGCUCUGCAUAUACACAGACAACUCCAUUACAUCUCAAGAACUGCUGGAGUGGGAGUUGGUGGUUCUUAGUAAAUUGAAAUGGAACCUGGCGGCCAUCACCCCACUUGACUUUAUCGAACACAUCCUGCACAAACUGCCCUUUCCUGAAGACAGACUGACGCUGAUCCGCAAACACGCGCAAACCUUCAUCGCCCUCUGUGCAACAGAUCACAGCUUCACCAUGUACCCUCCCUCCAUGAUCGCUACAGGAUGUGUGGGGGCAGCAGUAUGUGGCCUGCAGCCCGACCAGAGCAACCAAAAUCUGUGGGGGGACAGUCUGACAGAGCUGCUGGCUAAAGUCACCCACACUGAGGUGGACUGUCUGAAGUCGUGUCAAGAGCAGAUCGAGCAGUUACUGACCAACAGCCUGAAAGAAAGUCAACAACAGCAUCAACAGCUACAGGAGGGAAGAGCCAGCAACAAAGGGACGCAAUCUCAAAACCUGUCCUGCACCCCUACAGAUGUCCGUGAUGUCAACUUAUGAUGUCGGUUCCUGUUCCCAUCCACCUCCUCAGCCUAGAAAAGAUUCAGUUAUUAUUGUUACUGUAUUUAAGUUUAGUUUCAAAGUCACAUUAGAUGGUCGUAUGCGCAUAACACAAGAACACAAGCUUGAUGUUUUAUAACGGAGCAUAACAGCUGCUGCUGCCGUCUCAUAUCCGCAGGCGGUGGUGUUUUACAUACUUGAAUUUAAUUGAAUUGGCCUCAAACCAUGAUUUAAUAAUGCAGUAUAUUGUAUAUCACUUAACAAAGACCAUACAUCUGUCUUGGCUAUCAAAUACAACUGUUUUAUAAUUA